AAGCGACGUAAAGGCUCUUUUAGAGGACAAACCUUAUCAGCGCUCCCUCCCAGACAAAUAAUCAGUCCCACUCAGAAAAGGACGCCGAGUUUCCACUUUCCGCCCGGAGGAGACACACCCACGGAGCGGCAGAGCGAGGAGUCGAUGGGAUGCGGAGGAGACGGACGGUGUGAUUGAACCCGCCGUCAUUACCGUUUCAGAGGCUGCGAGUUGAUGGAGACAGCAGCUGCUCCCCGGUGAUCCCAGUCGCCAUGCCAACUUUUACAACCCUCAAAGCAAACAGGAGUCCUCAGAGAAGCUGCUGAGUCUACCAGCAUAUCAGCCGCCAUCUUGGUCUGUGGGAGGACUGGGAGGCAGAGAUGGUUCUCCGCUGGACUCUCCUGAUGUUGGCCUUGCUGUUGAAGACCGGUCCGGUUCAUGGAUGCAAUUGUCCAGCAGCUACCGUCUUGUCCCAGUUUCCCUCUGAGGUUCCCGCUGAUGCCUGCUGCUUGAACUUCUCUGGCUCUGCCUUCAAUCACGUGCGCUGGUCUGUGUUUACCAACGGCACCAACGUACAAACUCUGGAUCUCUCCAACUGCAACAUCAGCCUUAUUAUUGUCAGCGGAAAGCAGGCCUCUUCACUGCAGAGAGUUUUCCUUGAUGGGAACAACCUGAGAGAGUUGCCAGAGUACUUCCUGGCGGACCAGCCCUGUCUGACUGAGCUGGACCUGAGUCAGAACCAACUCCAGGAGAUUCCCAAAGGCUUCCUUCAGGACUCUGAUCGCCUCCAGAGGCUGGACCUGCAGGGGAACCAGCUGCGCUCCCUCCCUGGUAAUUUAUUCCAGAUUCCCAGGCUUCAUGAACUGGGGCUGGAUGGGAACCGGUGGGAAUGCUCCUGUUUGUUCCUGGAAGGGUUGGAGGCCAGCAGGCAGGCCAACAGGACGGCCCGGUUGGAGGAUCUCGUGGGGAACCUGACGUGCUUCUUUCCUCGACACCUCGCCGGCAGAACGGUGUGGUCGCUACGCAUCAGCGACGUCUGUCGCCUGGUCGGUCUUACGGCGCUCUUCAUCGUCCUGCCUCUCCUCAUCCUUUCCGCCUUGCUGCUCUGCUGGUGCUGUGGGAGGAAGAAGAAGAAAAAGGAAACUCUCACUUUCAGCUCCUCCAAAAAGAGGGCCCCCAACUUUGGCUGCAGCAACCACAAGCACCACAACAAGCAGCAGGAUCCAGGAGCCGAGCCGAGCAGAGCUGCCGACUGCAGGACGGAGGGGAUCCUGAAGAACCAGCUGCUGCUCCGCCCGGCUUCGGGUCUCCUGGGCAGCACCAGGGACAUCUACGAGGAGGUGGAGAUCAAGCUGAGCUCAGCAGAGUCUCUUCCCGGCUCCUCGGAGGGGAGGCAGGGUCCGCAGGAGCCCGACAGGGCCAGCAAGAUGGAGCUGGACACGGUCAGCGUGACAGAAGUGAUGAAAGACUCGGCGGACAGAGAAAAGGUCUAUCUGACUCAGUCCACUGAGUACUACAGCCUGGUGCCGGGCAUCGAGCUGGAAGACUCGGACCACGGGGAAUAUGAGAACGUAAAUCUGUCAUGACACAGAGAUAUGGUGGAAGGUGACCUAUUAUGCUUCAAUGAACGGGUUAGGAUUGGACCAAACAAGUUCACUACAUUUUUUUUCAAAAUCAUUCUUAGAUAUUGAGAUUUUAGUCUAGUCAGGUCCGCCAACCCAACAUUUAUAAUCGCUUGUGAAGAUGGCUGCAAACAGAUGCACAAUUUUACAACCAUACAGCUUUGAAAAGCAUUAAGUGCAGCCUCCUGCUUUACCAACAAAGAGGCAACAAGUGGUUUCUGGAUAGUAAGUCGCCAACAAAACACUUGUUUUACCUCAGCAGCCAUUGUACAUACAGCCAUAAAACCAGCUAACCAAGACGUGCUGGACCUCCAUUUGGGUUGCUAGGUAACGACAUGGGCUUCACUGAGGUUGCUAGGUAACAGGCAGUGGCUUCUAAAUUGUGACUUUACAUUCGUUAGGUUUUUGAAACAUCUACUUUUCCCAACACCAAAAAAUAUAAACUUAUUGCCAUAAAACUGCUUUUUUUUUAAGCGCUUGAGCUGUUUUUAGAAACAGUGGAGACCCAAAUGAAGGAAUAAAAACGCAUUUCCAGCAGCCAUUGUACAGCACAUAUUGUGGUAAAGCCAGCUGACCAAACAUACUCGAGCUCAGCUUUGGGCCACUAGGUGACAAGCUGGGAUUCAUUGGGGUUGCUAAGUGACGGCGCAGUUCCCGUCGAUUGUGAUUCAACAUCCGGAAGGUUUUUGAAACGGCUCAUUUUUAACAUUAACUUAUAGCCAAAAACAUGUUUGUUUUUAGAAGCAGUAGAGACCAAAUGGAAAUAUAAAAACGUGCAAAAAGUUAAUUUUGCAUAGUAGAUCCCCUUUAAGUUUACAGAUGGCCUUUCAAUCAAUCAUGGGCAUUAAUGCCACAUUAACUUUGUACUUUUAACAGAUUGAAACACAGUAAUGCACCUCUCACUAAUAUUUGGAUACCUCAGUCUCAGUGUGUAUCUUUAUCACACACUUUUUAUGGAUUUCUAAUACACUGGUUAGUUUAAAUGUAUGAUAGCAAAUAUGUCAGAUUACAGUUUGAUUCUAAACACAGAUUUUUUCAUCACAAUGAUAUUAUCCAAUUGUGUUUUACUGUUAUUUUUUGUAAUUACCUGCCUUAGGACAAAAAAUGAAAUUUAGCUACUGUGCUAAUUUCUGCAUCUUUAAAUUGCUGUAAAUCAAGGCAAAGUUAAUUAAUGUGCCCUUUCCUAAUCAAAUGAAUACAGAAUUUAAAAAACAAAAUGAAUUAGAAAAAGUCCUAAGAGGUUUUUGAACAACACUAUGAAACAUCAGUCAUGGUGGUGGCAUCAUGCUUGAUUAGCUGGUAGCGGCGCUACAGCAUCGCAUAAAUAAAGAAGAAGCUAAACUACCUUGAACUUCUUUAACUUCAAAUCAACAGCUACAAGUUUUAUACAUGGAUAUAGUUGAAUGUAGCUACAGGAAAUUCAUAGUUUCAAGAAAAUACCAGCUAACAAAAAUGCUUUAGCAUUAGCACUAGCUUAAACAUAUAGCUAUUCCAACAGCAAAGAAGAUGUUGUUGUUCUAGUUGAAGCUAAUACCAAUGUUGUAAACUCUGUAAUAAAGAUGGAUAAAAA